AUGUCCCUCAACCAUGCUUGGGAGCCUUCCCUGUUCAAUGUGCUGCUUCAUCCCAGCCUCCUGCCUGGCACAGGUUCUGCUCAAGCGGUAAUUGCCGGCGGGUGGGCCACACCCGGGUCAGGAGGCCAUAAAGAGGCAAAUGCCGCCGAAGAUGCCGGGUGGACGCGGAAGGACAGUCACUGCUCUCGGUUCUCCCCCGUUGACACCCACAGCGCCAUGGCCGAGGAGGAGUCACGGGCUGAGAUGCCUCUCCUUAGGGCUGCCGAAGAGCCCUCCUCUGCACGUUACCUCCUGAUGGUCCUAGGAAAGCUUCUCUUUGCUGCGCUGCCCGUGGCAGGAAUUGUCAUUGGAGCAGUCUAUCUUGGCCAGUGUCCCCGGCAGCCUCUCCUUCCCUUUUACUUGAUCAUCCUGAGCACUGUCACACUCCUGCUCCUGUUCCUGAGCUGUAUUCCCUGCGGGGAUGGCACCAAUCAACCAAGUACCCUACUCAGCUGUUUGCGGGGCGCUGGCUUCCUCUUCCUCUGUGCCUGGUUCAUCGCAGGCAACGUGUGGGUCUACUCCAUCUACCCCCCAGACUACGAGGCCUUUGGCCAGCCCAAAUUCUGCCAGCAGACUCUCUUCCUCUUUGCCUUUGGGGUCACCACCGCCGUCCACGUGGCCUUGGUGGUGCUGCUGCUGCUGGCUCUGUGCAUCCUUGCAGGCUUCCUCAUCUUGAAUGCUGUUCGGCCCUACAGCGGGCAUGGCUAUCGUGGGGGUCCGUAGCAGCUGUGGGAUGUCUUUGUUCUUAGGGGACCUUUUUGUUAAUAAAUCUCGAUGUUGCUAA